CAGACCCUGACGUGUCGGGGAGGAGCCGGGCGUGGAGGUGCGUGGAGUGGAGCUCAGGGCUGCCGAGGGGAGCGGAGCUGAGCGGCUGGGCGGGCCUGGCCAGGCCAGCGGUGCAGAGACGUCGGUCGAGCGGCGGCGAACAUGCGCUGUUGACAUAUUGGAGGCUUUUUUGAUCAUGGAUGGUGAAGAUAUACCAGAUUUUUCAAGUUUAAAGGAGGAAACUGCUUAUUGGAAGGAACUUUCCUUGAAGUAUAAACAAAGCUUCCAGGAAGCUCGUGAUGAGCUAGUUGAAUUCCAGGAGGGAAGCAGAGAAUUAGAAGCAGAGUUGGAGGCACAAUUAGUACAGGCUGAACAAAGAAACAGAGACCUGCAAGCUGAUAACCAAAGACUGAAAUAUGAAGUGGAGGCGUUAAAGGAAAAACUAGAACAUCAGUAUGCACAGAGCUACAAGCAGGUCUCAGUAUUAGAAGAUGAUUUAAGUCAGACCCGGGCCAUUAAAGAGCAAUUGCAUAAAUAUGUGAGAGAGCUGGAACAGGCCAAUGAUGACCUGGAGCGAGCAAAGAGGGCAACAAUAGUUUCACUGGAAGACUUUGAACAAAGGCUAAAUCAGGCCAUUGAACGAAAUGCAUUUUUAGAAAGUGAACUCGAUGAAAAGGAAUCCUUGUUGGUUUCUGUACAGAGGUUAAAGGAUGAAGCAAGAGACUUAAGGCAAGAACUAGCAGUUCGGGAGAGACAACAGGAAGUGACCCGAAAGUCAGCUCCCAGUUCUCCCACGUUGGACUGUGAGAAGAUGGAUUCUGCUGUCCAGGCUUCACUCUCUUUGCCAGCUACUCCUGUUGGCAAAGGAACAGAAAAUAGUUUUCCUUCACCAAAAGCUAUACCAAAUGGUUUUGGAACCAGUCCACUAACUCCUUCUGCUAGGAUAUCAGCACUAAACAUCGUGGGGGAUCUCUUACGGAAAGUAGGGGCUUUAGAAUCCAAAUUAGCAGCUUGCAGGAAUUUUGCAAAGGACCAAGCAUCACGAAAAUCCUAUAUUUCAGGGAAUGUGAACUGUGGAGUGAUGAAUAGCAGUGGCACAAAGUUCUCUCGAUCAGGGCACACGUCUUUCUUUGACAAAGGGGCAGUGAACGGCUUUGACCCAGCUCCUCCUCCUCCUGGUCUGGGCUCUUCGCGCCCCUCUUCAGCUCCGGGGCUGCCCAUUGCCUGGCUGUCAGGAAUGAGCCCUCUCCACGCUGGGUCCACGUGAUCUUCUCACCUGGAAGCAGCUGAUCUUCCGGAUGGCAAAGCACAGCCUCUUGCCUCCAGAUGUUUUUACUUCACCACCAGUCCCAUCCCUCGCUCCUGAAACAUCUUCCUGGAUGAGAGUAGGAGCCAGUGUUCCUCUUCCUUUCAGCCCAGAGUGGCCAGAAACUCUACUAACUCAUUUCAUAGUCCGGAGUCCCUGUGAGGCAUGGGAGAGCCAUGUGGAAGUGGCCGAGCCCAGCAGGAUAGUUAUUUUUUCCUCAGUUUGCAGAAGGGACAGUGUGCCCAGAGAGUUGGCCUUCUUGGAACUCACACAGCUAGCUCAGAGCAAAGCCAAGAUGGGAAAGAGGCCAGUGUCUUUUUCCACUAUGCCUUUCCAAACUUGAGUCUUUGCUGGCCUUAGCUUCUGUGAUCUGCCUUUUCCCUCAGGAGGUGAGUAGGUUUUGAAGGCUUGGAAACGAUGAGCUAUGGGGGCAGCACAGCUGUGCAGCAGGAGGAGUCCAGUUCCCCCAGCCCUCCCUCCCUCCAUGUCCCCCUCUUGCUGGACUGUUCACUCUGCCUCUCUCAGAAGCUGUUUCAGAGCUGCCAUUAGCAUCUCCUGAGAGCUGAGAUGGAGGCCAGCACAUUUGGGAAAAUGGGAGAAGGUGUUCUGGGAGAGAGCCACAGCUUUAGGGAGCACCCUAUACCUACCUCACCCUCUCCUCCCUGAAUAAAACUGAGGAACCUGCCUGGCUGCUGGAGGGAACAUGGGCAAGUGUUGGAAUGAGCUAAGCAGUCAGUUGAUUUCACUGUUGGAAGACACCAAGAUAAGCCCUUUCAUAUUCAAGUUUUUCCUUCAUGGUUGUUUUUCUCUGUUUUCCCCAAAGGUUAAGACAAAUUUUUAAAGCCAUGCCAAGCCAAAAAAAAAAUGUGAUUCUUUUCUAAAAAUGAGUAGAGGAGAGCAAUCAUCUUUGAAAGUCACUUUCCUGUGACUUUAAGCACCUUAUCUGAAAAAUGGUCCCAUGAUUAUUAAAAAUGUAACUUAUGGGAAUAUAGUAGUCUUUUUUUUUAAUUUUAAGGAAAAACAAUAAUGGAGUAAAUAUGAAUGUAACAGACUUCCUUUAUAAGUGUACAUGAGAAGAGGCAAAAUUGAAAACUGAACAAAUCUUUUUUUUUAGAUAUAUAUAAUUUUUAGUUGUCGAUGGACCUUCAUUUUAUUUAUUUAUAUGUGGUGCUCAGAAUUGAACCCGGUGCCUCACACAUGCUAGGCAAAUGCUCUACCACUGAGCCACAACCCCACCCCCUGAACAAAUCUUAAUAGUGCUUGAAUUGGGGAUCAAAUGGGGUUCGUGUUGCGGGGGGGGGUGUUGAUUUGAGGUCCUUUUGUUCAUUUGCAUCUACAGGAAUUCUGUUAGUGUUUCCUGUCAGCUCUUUAGGAAGCCUCCCCCGAGGGACACAUAUUACACACUGAACUUGAACUUUUCCAUUUAUGGGGUGUUUUCUGAUCAGGUGUCAGUUUCUUGUCUCCAUGACACAGUAUGGAGAUGCUGCCUGGACCAUGGUCUGUGGGUGGAGGCCUGACAGAGGGCAGUGGGUUCACUUGUGCUGGCUGGUCAGCCUGGGCUGUAGGUUUUCUGGACAUGGUUGAGGAAACAGAUGAGUGAUGUCUUAAUGAAGCUCGGCCCUGCUGCUUCCAGUAGUAGAGGAUGGAGCUAAGAAACACUUGCUUUGGUUCAAAAAAAAAAAAAAAUGUGAUUGAUUUAACUAGGAAAAAAACUGUUAAUCCCAUUGUCAACUGGAAUGUAGAAGAGGUGGACUUUCAUGUCACUGGUUUCUUUGCUAUUCUGUAUAUCUGGAAUCAUUCUAACAAUGUGAUAAGCUAUGAAAACUA